UAUUGUCCCCGUCCCCCCCAAUCAUGUGACUCAGGUGUUCCAAUCCCCUUUAUAUCAUGUGACUCAGGUGUUCCAAUCCCCUCCUUAUCAUGUGAUUCAGGUGUUCCAAUCCCCUCCAUAUCAUGUGAUUCAGGUGUUCCAAUCCCCUCCUUAUCAUGUGAUUCAGGUGUUCCAAUCCCCUACAUAUCAUGUGAUUUAGGUGUUCCAAUCUCCUCCCAAUCAUGUGAUUCAGGUGUUCCAAUCCCCUCCAUAUCAUGUGAUUCAGGUGUUCCAAUCCCCUCCAUAUCAUGUGAUUCAGGUGUUCCAAUCCCCUCCAUAUCAUGUGAUUCAUGUGCUCCAAUCCCCUCCAUAUCAUGUGAUUCAUGUGCUCCAAUCCCAUCCCAAUCAUGUGAUUCAGGUGUUCCAAUCCCCUCCAUAUCAUGUGAUUCAGGUGCUCCAAUC